AUGGCAGCGCCCGGUCAUACGAAUCCUGAUAACCCAGUCAUAUUUUUUGACGUGUCUGUUGGUGGUCAGGAAAUAGGAAGAAUAAAAAUUGAACUGUUUGCUGAUUUAGUGCCGAGAACAGCUGAAAAUUUUAGACAGUUCUGCACAGGAGAGUAUAGGUCAGGUGAUGGUACGGGGUUGAUGAGUAUAUAUGGAGGAGCGUACGGUGAUGAGAACUUUCAAAUGAAACACAUAGGUCCUGGUAUGAUGUCAAUGGCUAACAGUGGUCCAAAUACAAAUGGUUGCCAGUUUUUUAUCACAUGUGCCAAAUGUGAUUUUUUAGAUGGAAAACAUGUUGUUUUUGGUAGAGUUGUAGAUGGUAUGCUGAACGUUCCAACAGGACCCAAUAAUAAACCAAAGAUACCUGUGGUGAUAUCUCAAUGUGGAGAAAUGUGAUAGACAUGCAAACAAAACUGUAUUACCUGUAGCAUACAAGUCUUAAGUCAGAGAAAAUAAACAUGGAGAAAAUGACAUAUUUUAAAUACAUGAUACGACACAAAUGUGGAUGGCCUUGCCUGAACCUUUGAAUUUGAACCUGCUAUCCUGGAUUACCCUGGAAGACUAUGUAUUCAAGAGGAAAAAGCUGUUUUUGAGAUAAACACACUACAACAGGCAAUUGUGGUCUUACAAUGUAUGAAACACAGUCCCUCCGUUGAUGUGGUGGGACGGUACUAAGACCAGUACUCACCAAAGUGGAAAUUGUCUGUGGGUCAGUUUUCUGUAGUGGCUGAGACAGAACAUCAAUCACUGACAAUGAAUGAAUUCAAAAUUGGUGGUGAAUGUGACAUUCACUGCUUUAUGGGUAAAAAUGUUUCCACCUAAAUUUCUUAGAUUACUUGACCAUGCAUUUUCUGUCAACAGUGAAUGUGAAACGAGGAUGGCAGCAGUGGUCAUUCUCACUGCUUCGUUGGGUAUGUGUCGCAAAUUAAAUUUAUUUUGUUUAUAAUAAAUAAAUAACA